AUAACUGGAGCGUGAAGGGUAAGCGUAGGAAGACAACUGGUACCGGAAGACUAAGACAUCUGAAAAAAGUUUGGAGAAGAUUUAAUCAUGGCUUCAGGGAAGGUGGUCAAGCUAAACCUCAAAAACACGGUGCUGCUGCUGCUGCAAGUGUAUCAAAAUAGAUGGAUUUGUAAAUAAUAAAAAAAUCACAAAAAUGUU